CUCAGAUUGAACUGCAACACAUUGAGUGUGAGUGAGAUUUUAGAAUACGGGCGUAAGGCUCCGUGCUCUGUCUUUUUCAACAGGACUUUGAUUAAACACUGACGCAAUAAAAAUAACAAGAUCGUGUAAUUAUCAUUUUAAAGUACCAAUUAUCAGGUUGCUUGGCGACACACAAUGUUGACACUUCUGAACAGAUCAAGUUAAAGCAGGACCAAAAAUAAGCGAUUAUAGUAUCAAUGGAUAAAACAAACUGCUUCUAGCUUACCUAAGCAGGCCUAGACAUGAAUUUAAGAGAUUAUAUAGGCGAUACACGAACAGACAGCCUACCACCGGGUUUUCUGAAAUCAAUCAAGAUCAAAUACAGGCACGAGGCGUCUCAUGUGUUCGCGGGAUUGCAGCCGCUGCAGAAUGAAAAGAUUACACAUUGUGCAAGUGCGAUAGAGGAAAGUUCACGGAGUAAAAAUGGCAGCAGGGAAGGAGACGGCAAAGAAGAUGUUGGAGAGCAAAACCCACCAGUAAGUUGUAUGGAAUAAUGAAACGAGCGCGCAAUGUCUUAUAAGUAUAUGUGUCGUAUUUAUGCAAUAACUGAACGGAUAAUUAAUCAUGUAAUAUGACACUUAAAGAAAUUUCCAUAUAUCAAAAAUUUUAUAAAAUCCUAAAAUUAACCCAAAACCUUAUCCUAACCUUAAUCCGAAUCCUAUUAAUAACCCUAACCUAACCUUGAAUCCAUACCCUGAUCCUUUAUCCAAACCCGAAUUACCUGGUUCAUAUCAAAACUUUUAUAAAAUCCUAAAGUUAACCCAAAACCUUACCCUAACCUUAAUCCGAAUCCUAUUAAUAACCCUAACCUUGAAUCCAUACCCUGAUCCUUUAUCCAAACCCGAAUUACCUGGUUCAUCUAGGAAUAACUCUAUAUUUGGGUUAACGCAAUAUACCUCGUUAAAUUUCCGGGUUAUUUAUCUCACUUCUUACCGUGGUAUCCGCUUCAAAUUUUCGGAUGGGGUCCGCUGAGCAGGCUAUACCGUGGUAAGGUAACCCGGAAUCUGGUUAUAUUUGACUACCAGGACGUCCUUUUUAAUAACCUGGCUAUGACCUUGUUACAUUGUUAUUCAGCUUACUCCUCAUAUGGGGCUUUGUGAUAUCACUUUCUUAACUGUGUUUAUCCUAACCCACCCUGUCAACUUUCCCUGUGGGAGGAAACUGGAGCACCCAGAGAAAAUCCUUUCGGCAGAGCUUUGACUGACUCUUUUCACAUGAGAAUCGGGAGAAUCGAACCCACAAUCUCAGGAGUGUUUAUCAUGUUUCCUGGCCAUCUUAUACAGUAUGACAUCCAACUGUGAUGGACCUAUUAAGAAUUCUGAUUUGAAUUUCCAGUUCAACUUUGAACAAAAUCAUGGGGAAAAUGCAUGUUCAGAGAACUGGCAAAGCUCAAUCUCACAUGCAUACGUUCACAUAUUUUCCUAAUGUUAAAAUCUGUAUGUAGGGUAUAUUAAUUAUUAAGAGAUUACGACACCAGAUGCCAAGUUUAUUGAUAUCACCCACAAUGAAUGACCAUGAGGAAGUCAAAUUACCCCAGUGAUUUGGAGAAGGGGAUUUCUGUAAUGUUUUACAAGUAUGUGUGUUUAUUCAUGCACAUCUUUGAAAGAUUUCCCUUUCCUUUGAUGAAAGGCCCCAGUUCUGAAGACUGUGCCACUAUAUAGAGAAUAAUACAUGGGUGCGCGGAAAUACCAGAUUUAUUUCGAGUGUUGAACAUGAUAUCUCACGAGUGGGCGCAGCGAACGAGUGAGAUAUCAUCUUCAACACGAGAAAUAAAUCCGGUAUUUCCAAGCACCCAUGUAUUUUUCUGUUUAUUACAGUAUAUAAAGGACAGUCUUUGAAAAGCGAUAAUUUUUACAGAAAAGCGAUAAUUGAAAAGCGAUAAUUUUCACACGUGAGAUUAUCGUGAAUAAUCUCACAUGUGAUGAUUAUCACUUUUAUCAGUGCUCGAAAUCUCUAUAAAGCACUAUUAAUACUUUAUAUAAUAAAAUAUUAUAAUUAUUAUAUUAUACAAUUUUUCUAUAGAACUUUAUGAGUUGGAGAGUCCCAUCACGGUUGCUGAACCAGAAACUUGGUAGGUAUUGUAGUAUUAUCAUAUAUUAUAGGCAAUAGCACUGUCACGAGCAGGAAGUUUUCAAAGUUUUGAAAUAUUGCAUCGAAUAAUACGUUUUGGCACUCCAUUUUAACAAAAUUACGCUGCACUGCCAACGAGUAAAACCGAGUUUUAAACCGUUUCUCUUCAGAGAAAACUUCACCCAUGGUAGAGGAAGCGGACAAGAAUUUCAAAGCUAAAAGUGCAAGCAUUAUUUCGAGACGUACAACAGCGCCGAGAUCUCUGACUUCAACAAGUUUGAAAAGAAACAAGAAAAACCCUGAACAAAAGACGUCCGAGCCAAAAAUUAAAAAUACAAGUCAGAUGAAAGAAAAGGACUUGAAAAUAAACGCUUCUGAAAUAAAUAGUGGGAAAAGUUCAAAUAGAUCACAGAGUAAUAAAGUCGAGGAAAAACAACGUGAUGGAAACGAUGUAAAAUCUGCCAACUCAAAAACGUUGAAGCCAAUUACAUUAAAAUUAGGUAAGGACCACGGGUCUACAUUUAACGAGAAAGAUAAUAUUCCAAAUAAGACAGUAAAACAAUCGCGUGAAAAUAUCCAAGAAUUAAAAGAAGAGAAGGCUGUACUGGCACGUUAUGAUAGAAAAAUGAACAAGAGUGGUAGUCUUAGAUCACAAGAAAACAUUUCAAGCAAAAAUCCGGAGGUCGUGACAAAUCUAAAAGAAAAAACGUCCGAUGGUAAUGCUGAGAUAAAGUUAGACGAUACCCCCAGAACAAAGUCUGAUGAUGGUAAUAGGAAGAUGAGCGCCAAAGAUGAUUGUGGAAUUGAUGCAAAGAGAUUAUCCAACAGAUCUAUAAAAAAUGUGAAUAAUAUUCAGGAAUGUAAGUAUAUCUAUUGAUGACAAAGUAGCGAAGAAAUUGCUCUUGUCAUAAUUCUAUAUUGUCUUUUUUUAGUACCAAAGAUGAAAGGAUUGUUGCCAGAAUGCAUUCAGAACAACCCACAAGUAAGUCGUGUUCGCUUUUAACAUAAAAUAGAGAAUGGUUACGUUUGUGCUUCUAUAGCCAUUUUAUAACUAGGCAUUUUAUAUUUUAGAAAAAUAACACUGCACUGCCAAUGCUGAAAGCUACAGAAAGCAGGACAUCUAUGAAGGUAUACUGUAUUCCUACGUUAUGUAUGACUAUUAUAUCAUGGAUUCUGUUGUUGCUUGCUUUUCAAUGGUGAGUCUAACAAGUUUCUCUGAAACAGGGAAAAUAACCUGUAUCAUCUCUAAACUGCUCUUCUUAAAGGUCCCAUCCGUAAUUGGUAACAGCAGAUAGUGAGCGUGCUUACAAUCCUGAGAUACCGAGAAACAAGAUACCAUAUCGGAGUUUUCUACAAACAACCAACAUUUUUGUCAGACAACUGUAUUUUGUAGGAGUCAGACUUAAUUGUACUGGCAAGAACUCACAGCAAGAACGUCCCCGAUUUUGGUCUUCCUUAGUACAAGAUGAACAGAAAAUAAAAUUCUGACUCGAUCAUGAUGAAGGGGUUCCAUUGAUUUACCAUUUCACCCCGAUCUAUCAAUUGGUUGAUAUUUUCUUUGAUAUUGUUCUUUAUAAUCAAAAACUUCUUGUUGUAUAGUUAUCACAUACUCCUGAAAGAAUGGACAAAAUAUUUGAUUGGGUAAAGACGUCGACAAGAAGAGGUUGGUAUUAAAAUUUGUUCUCCAUGUGGGACAUCUUGCUCGACCAAAUACUGUACCGAAGCUCUCUGUAGAUGUGCAGGAACACACGACUAGCUCUUUAUCAGAACAUGCAUUACACAGGAUUGCAAAAGAGCUGCAGGUUCAAUGCCUAUAUUUUGCAAGUUGCAUCGGUCAACACACCGUCCCUCAAUGAUAUGAUCAAUUCUCUCAUUGCAGAACGAGAAGCGGCAUUCAACUUACUAUCCGCGUACAACAGCAGCGAGAAUAUCGAGGCCAAGACACCAAAGAAAAAGCAACGAGUUAGAAUUGCAUUGCAAGUUUUGGAAAGGUACGUUCUUCGCUUUACUCGAGAAUUGUGUCCAUGCAUAUGUAAAAGAUUCACUGGACCUCUAGGAAGAACAGUUUAGAACUGAUAGAGCUGUCCAAUAUAUAUAAAGUUAGUUUAGUUUAGGUUUCCUCCUGUAGUAACACUGGAUCAAUAAGAGAUUGCCUUCACUGGACCUCUAUAGGAAGAACAGUUUAGAACUGAUAAAGCUAUCCAGUACAAAUAAAGUUAGUUUAGUUUAGGUUUCCUCCUGUAGUAACUCUGGACCAAUAAAAGAUGAUCCUUACUGGACCUCUAGGGAGAACAGUUUAGAACUGAGGUGAUAGAGUUAGAACAGUUUAGUUUAAGUCUUCCCAUUCAGUACCAAUAGAUGACUUUUACUGGACCUGAAGAAAGAGCAGUUUAGAACUGCACCAGUAUCUCUGGAUAUAAAGACAGUCCUACUAGACCUUCAAGGAAUGAACUGAUAGAGAUUUCGAGUAUAAAAACAGACAGCUAUAGUUUAGGUUGUAAAUGCUUUUGUGACCUUUCUAUUUAGAAACAGGAUACCUGAUUCCAUUAAACCACUGCAACUAAAUGCCAUCAAGCAAAGCCCAAGUGUGACGAGGUUUGACGUCGACCAUCGCAACAGCAAUCACGCGAGCAAGAGAGAAAAGGAAGGAAUGCAGACGUGGCAUCAUGUCCCCAUGUACCACCACAUUGACAGCAGCAACAAUAAAAGUGCAUUGUUUGUGCAAUCAUCGAAACCUUACCAACGUCAUUUCUCAAUCCACCCAGAAUGGGGUCUUCACACACGUGUGAAAUUUACAAACGCUCUCACAACUUGACUGCAUCUUAUUAAAACAACAUAUUUACCUAUCAUGAUCAGCAUAGACAAUUAAUGUAUUUUAUUGGCACGCUGCGAUAAUUCAAUAUUUUUUAGUCGUACCUGACUGGUACGCCAAUUGUUGUUGCCGCGUACUUGCGCUAGAACAAACUCAAUACUCAAUACUAUGAGGUAGAAAAAGAAGGACAAUUGCAUACACAAACAAUCGACUUCAACGUUUCAAUCAUGUUUCAUACCAAGACAUCUCAGACACAUGAUAUACCAACUAAAUUACGGUAUUGAAUACCUUUGGCUUGGAACAGUCAUGUGGUAUCAGCAAAAAGUAAGUACGCAGAUAGCAAGAGUUACCAAACCGUAUACACCGUAAUAUAGAAGUAUAUAUACCGUAAUAUAUUGGUACGUAUUAAGUAGCAUGGUACGUAUUAAGUACAGUAGUAUGCGAAUUAUCGCAGCCUGUUAAUAUUGGUACAAUUAAAGAAGUUAACAAGAAUUGAGAUUCGUUUCCACUAUGUUAAUGCAGGAUUCCUAAUACAAUUUUGAGUACUGUAGGAAGCUUUUUGACAGAAGUAUGCAGCUAUGUGGUGCCCAAGGUAACACUCGUAUAGGCAUUAGGGGGAGGGGGUCCAAGGCCGUCUCCCCAUGAAAUCAGGCAAAUUAUAAGCCCUGCCCCCAUCGACAAGAAUUUCAGAAAUUUUGCACAGAAUUUUUUUUUAAUAAGGUGGACAAAAAUGCCAAAAAGUUAGACAAGUUUCUUUCUGUCCCUAAUUUUUUCCUCCUGUACGCCUAUGUAUGGCAUACCCUUUUCAUGUCCCAAACUUCGUGUUUGAAGAUUCAUACAACAAAAUAUCAACCUUAUCCUGGCAAUGUAUUUCAUGGAAUGUACAGUACCUUUUUUGUAAAUAUAAUAAUACAACUGUCCACAAUGUACUGCCCUAGUCUUCUAUAUCCAAGCCAUAUUCUUCAUACAUCAUUUUCGUUGUCUUACCUUCAAUCUCCGCUGU